AUGUCGAACUACACAAAAUUGGAUUUCGCGGUACUAGACAUUUCUGGAAGGAAUUAUUUGUCAUGGAUACUUGAUGUGGAAAUCCAUUUCGAUGCUAUGGAACUUGGAAAUACAAUUACCGAUGGUAACGACGCAUCCUCGAAGGAUCGUGCAAAAGCCAUGAUCUUCAUUCGGCACCAUCUCCACAAGGAUUUGAAGUCUGAAUACCUUAUAGUGAAAGACCCACUAAGUUUGUGGAAUAAUCUGAAGGAAAGGUAUGGGCACCAGAAGGCUGUAAUCCUACCAAAUGCUCGUUAUCGCUGGUUGAAUCUACGGCUGCAAGAUUAUAAAUCUAUUAGUGAGUAUAACUCUACUCUGUUCAAGAUACAAUACAAAGAGCAUGGGUUUGAGAAAUACUCAGAUAUCUCUUGCCUUCUGGUCGCUGAACAAAACAAUGAGCUAUUACUGAGAAAUCACAAGUCUCGUCCAACUGGUGCUCUACCAUUCCCUGAAACGAAUAGAGUCUAUUUUCUGAGUAAUGGACAAGGUCGUGGUCAUGGACAUAGACGUGGUCGGGGUAGCCAUAAUUACCAAGUUCGUGGAGGAUAUAUUCAGAAAUCAGGCAAGAAAUCGGAGUAUCCCCAGAAGUGGAAUAAGUGGAAUAGGUCGGAAGUGUCCAAAGAAAAGGGCAAGAGGGUGCUGAAUAAACCUUCUAAGAACUCUGAGGAUUCUUGCUACAGGUGCGGUGGGAAGGGUCAUUGGUCGCGUACCUGUCAUACUCCAAAGUAUUUGAUAGAGCUUUACCAAGCAUCGCUUAAGGAAAAAGGAAAAGAAAUUGAAACAAACUUUACCGAUCAAAUUAGUCAGAACCAAUCUGUUGACGCUUUUGAACCCAUUGACAUUCCGUCUUUCGACAUUUUUGAGUACAUUGCAAGACCAAGUGGAAUCAAAGAUGAUUUCUUUGGUGAUGAAGGUGACUAUUCUGAAUGGUCACAAGAAUAA